AUGUUUCCUGUGAAGCGCUGGGACGGUCUUCACGAGGCGCUCCCCUCGUCGUACCUCCACGCCUCCACUCCGCCGCUCAAGCCUCCGCCCACCUUUCCGCUCACUCCCGCUUCCGCCCCGCCGUUUCCCGCGCAUAGAAAACUUGAGAACCUUUUCGGCGGCGAGAAGGCGGAUCGAUUAGCGGAGAGCAUUGAUCAGAGCAAAGUUGGGGGAAAGACUACCGGAGGAUCGAAUGUCGUUGGCGGAGGCGUCGAAAGAGCUAAGAACGAGAAUGUUGCGGCGGAAAGUGCGGGAGGAAGCGUUAGUGAAACGAAGAAGAAGAAGAGGAAUAAGGGAAAGCGGGAGGUAGAGGAAAGGGGCGCGGAAGGUGCGAGUGCUCCGAAUGCGACGGUAAAAGACUCGCACGACGUCGCACGUGACGUGGCGGGAGAGCAAGCAGGGAAUGCGCUAGGUGGCGAGGGCGGGGGUUUGGUGUUCGUACUAGAUGCAGCACAAGGGUUUAGAGAUGGCAGUGGGGAGCUGGCACAGGGAGCUAAAGUGGGUAGGGGGAAGGAAAAGAAGAGGAAACGGAGGCGGGAGGAUGUUGGGAGUGCGAGCUGUGCUGCGGUUCAAAGCGGUGGGGAGGGGGAAGGUGAAGCAGGGGGCGGAGGAGGGUUUGAGCGAGGUUCAGGGUUUGGGGGUGUAGCGCAUGCGGAGCAGGAUGACUCGGAACAGAAAGCGGGUUUAGGGGAUGGCGAGGGAAAGGAGAAAAGGAAAAAGGAACGGAAGGGGAAGGGGGCUGGGCGAGGGAAGCGGGAUGGAGCCAUGGAUGGUGGGGAAGACACGUUAAUGGUGGAAGCAAACGAGGCAGCGGAGGGAGACGGAGCGAGGGAGAGGGGCGAAGAGGGGAACGAAGCAGGGGGCGAUGGUGAUGAUGGGGUUGCGGGUGCAGAGGCGCCGCUUCAGGCACCUUCUAAGCCGCCAGCAGCAGCAAAAGAAGGAGGGGGAGGCGGAGGGGCAGUGGGAGGGGGAGGGGGAGGCGCGGUGCUGCCGUGGAUGCGGGCGCCAGUGAACUGUGAGGGUGGGGUUGGGAAUUCGCCUGGUCGUCCUCCUUGCCAUCUGCUGCUGCCGUCUCUCCCUCACUGCAACACUCGACCCCUGCUGCUUCCCCUCCCCUCUUCGCAUUCUUUCCUCUCUCUCUCAUUCCCCUCAUCACAAUCUCCGUUCGUCCUUCCCCCGCAUCCCCUCUUGCACGCCCUUCCGCCCCGCCGCUCUGCCCCAUCCCCCCCUGCCAGCCUCCUGCGCGCCCUCGCCCUGGCCGGCAUUUCUUAUCUCUUUCCCGUGCAGGCCACGGUGUGGCGCGAACUACUGGGGUUACCUGGUAACCACCCCCACGCCCAUGGAAAAACAACACCCGGGAAGGGGAAGGAUGGGGGAACGGGGAGAGCAGGCGCUGGUGAUGGGGGGAAGGGGGGGCGGAGAGGGGGAGUCGCGCAGGCGGAGUGGGAGGGCGGAGAAGAGCGGGAGGCGGCGGGGCUGCGGGCGGCAUCGCACGACUUAUGUGUGUGUGCGCCAACGGGGAGCGGCAAGACGCUAGCGUACGCGCUGCCAGUGGUGCAGGCACUGGCAGGGCGUGUGGUGCGGCGAGUGCGGGCAGUGGUGGUACUACCAACGAGAGACCUGGCUGCUCAGGUGAAGCACGUGUUUGACACCAUAGCACCAGCUGUCGGCCUCUCAGUGGCUCUCAUCAACGGCCAAUCAUCGCUCGCUGACGAGGCAACCCACCUCGUGCCUCACCCCGCCGCCUGUCCCGGGCCCCUGGGCCUCCUCACCCGCUCCAGUUACAGCAUCAGUGGCAGCGGGUGUCACGGUGGGAGCGGCUACAGCAGUGAGGGGGACGGCUGUAGCGGGGCGGACAUUGUGGUGGCGACACCGGGGCGGCUGGUGGACCAUCGGAGGGGCACUCAGGGCUUCUCCCUCUCGCACCUGCAGUUCCUCGUGGUGGACGAGGCGGACCGGCUGCUGCGCCAGUCCUACCACCACUGCCUGCCGCUCACCCUCACCCUUGCCGCUGCUGCUGCCGCCCCUUGCUGUUCUCCGCUGUGCCUCCUGCCCCUCCCCACCUUCCCGCGCGCCCCACCAGGUGGUGGACGAGGCGGACCGGCUGCUGCGCCAGUCGUACCACCACUGCCUGCUGCUCGCCCUGUGCACACUGUGCCGCCUCUGUCCUCUCUGCCUACCCAUGCCUCCCUCCCUGUACCCCCUGCAUGCACGCCCUCGUGCACUCAUCAGGUGGUGGACGAGGCGGAUCGGCUGCUGCGCCAGUCCUACCACGACUGGCUGCCGCUCACCCUCGCCGCCCCUUCCGCUGCCACGUCAGCUGUCGCCGGCACGCAUGCUGACGUGGCAGUGAGCACGCCGGGUUUGAGCGUCGCCAUGCAUGCACUAAGCGGCGCUCUCCCCACUCCGUUCAUCCACGGUCUGCGAUCCCUUGUGCUGUCUCAUCCUCACCUCUCGACCUUCGCCUCCGGUGCCGCUUUUUUCCUUCCAUGCUUGCUGCAUUGCAUCACCCCGUGUGCCCCCUCGCUCCUCUCUGUGCCUGGCAUUGAGCGCCAUCGGGUCAUCCAGCUCGUGUUAUCCCCCGUGCUCACUUGCGGUCCUUCGCCUCCUGUGUCUCCUCUCUUCCUCAUUCAACCCGUAUGCCAUUGCAGCGUCCCCUGUGCCCCCUCGCUCCUCUCUGUACCUGACAUUGAACGGCAUCGAGUGAUCAAGCUAGUGUGCUCUGCCACUCUCACCCGCGACCCCUCCAAGAUCCAACGGCUCAGAUUGCACCGCCCUCUCUUCAUCUCCUCUGCCGCCCACCUGCUCGCCUCCGCCAUGCUCCGCCACGUGGCAGCGGGUGGCACGCGCCACGCUGGCACCACUGCUGACGUGGAGGGUGGUGAUGUGGGUGUAGAAGAGGAAGGGAUGGAGGAGGGAAGGGAGGAGGAGGCAGAGGAGGCGGAGGAGGAAGGGGUGAGGCACUACCACCUGCCUCCACAGUUGGUCACUUCCAUGCUGGUGUGUCCGCGGGCGAGCGACAAGCCGCUGCUGCUGGCGGCGCUGCUCAAGCACCUCACUGCAGGGGCUGGGGCUGGGGCAGGGGAAGGGGCAGGAGAGGGGGUGCAGGAGGGGAGGAGAGACGCUUCUGCCGGCGCUACCGCUGGUGCCAACAUUGCGGCUGCUGGUGCUGCUGCUGCGCGCCCCAUGCAGCUGACUCUGGUGUUUGCAUCGUCACUGCAGGCAGCCCACCGCCUCUUCCUGCUGCUCUCCGCCUUCCCCCCCGCCUCGCUGCCCUUCGUGUUUGCUGAGUUCUCCUCCCGCCAGCCGCAGCGCCAGCGCAGUGCGAUACUGGAUCGCUUCCGAAAGGGCGAGGUGCAGGUGCUGGUGGCCAGUGACGCCAUGACACGUGGCAUGGACGUGGAGGGCGUGUUCAAUGUUGUCAGCUACGAUGCGCCCGUCUACCCGAAAACUUUUGUUCAUCGGGCAGGCCGAACUGCCCGAGCGGGCAGGCCAGGGCAUUGCUACACGAUUCUGAGGAAGCAGGAGGUACGCAAUUUUAAGGUGGUGCUGGGGAGGUGGGCUGUGCUGAUUGUGGUGCGGCACUUCAAGGCGGUGUUGGGGAAGGUGGGCUGCACAGACUGCCCGCAGGGCAAGGCGCCCUCCCCCCUCAUGGAGGGGCUACGGGAGCACUACGAUGCGGAUGAGUGCUGUGCGGUGCUGGUGGGUGCCGUGCGGUGCGGGUGGUGGUGGUGCACGGAGCUGGUGAGCGGCUGUGUUGUGGCCACCCAAUUUCUUGUUGCAUCAUUGGAGCGCCUCAAGGCUGUGGUGGGGGAGGAGGAGCGCAGAGGCAAGUGA